AUGAGUCCAUUCGACCGUGUAAAGGAUAUUAGGUUAAAUUUGGAAGAAAUAUUGCAACCGCAUUUAGUUUCACUACCUAACCUAAGUGAUGUUGAAUUCUUAUGCACUGCUUUCAAGCGAGAAUUAGAAAUUGAAUCUUCUUUAAUAGAAGAUCUUAAAGGAAAAUAUAUUGUUGUUGGAGAUCUUCAUGGUAGCUUUCAAGAUCUUAACUUCAUUAUUAGAAAGUAUGGAAACCCAUCAAAUAAGCUCAAGUAUUUAUUUUUGGGAGAUUACAUAGAUAGAGGUCAUACAUCAAUAGAAACAAUUCUUUACCUCAUGUGCUUAAAAGUUUUAUAUCCAGACUUUGUUACACUACUCCGUGGCAACCAUGAGUUUAUUGGGAUAAACAAAUUCUAUGGAUUCUAUGAUGAAUGUAUUAAUAGGCUUGGAAAUACAGAAGGAAGCGCCAUUUUCGAAGCUAUUAACGAGACUUUCCCUUACCUACCGUUAGCUGCCAUUUUGCCAAACGGUAUUUUUGCCGUUCAUGGAGGAAUUUCGUCGCACAUAAAUACUCUUGAUGACAUCCGCAAAAUCGAUAGAUUCCAAAUCGUUGAUUGCAGUUCAUCAAUAGUGGUUACAGAUCUCGUUUGGGGCGAUCCUCGCAAACUUGAAUCAGGGCAACUCACUGCACCUUCAGAAAGAGGACUGGGCGAAAAGUAUUCUUUGAGCAAGACCCAGCAAUUUCUGACAAAAAAUAAUCUUACUUCAAUUAUUCGUGCGCAUGAAGCAUGUCAAGAAGGAUUCAUGGCAUCGCUUGUUGAUGAUAACGGUAAGACAGUUUGCCUUACAGUUUUUUCGGCAACAAAUUAUUGUGAACAAAACAACAUAGCAGCUGUUGCAAUUAUUAACAAAAAGGGCUUGAUUUCGAUAGAAAAAUUCGAUUGCACAUCUUCUGAUGAUGAAAUCGAAACUGAUCGAGGAAACGAAUCUCUAGAAGACCUUUAUGAUGCUUUAUGCUAG